ACCUUCACACCAACACAAACCAAGUCAGGUAGAAGUUCUGGUCGGGACAUUGCAAUAUAAACUUACAUGAAAUAUUUAUUGAUUCAUGAAGUGCUUUUGUAGGGCUAGAGACCCAGAAUAGCAAAACGCCAACAUGAGAUACAUAACAGAACCAGAGAAGACCCAUGACAUUCCUCUGAAAUUUACUUUUAACCCAAAACUUGGAAUUGAUAACCCAGCCUUGGUCAUUUCAGAUGACACAGAGACAGACGUGCCCCUCCAGCUGUGCAGGCUGAAGAAGGAGAAGGGCCAGGGCUUCGGCUUCCAUCUGCAGCGGCGGGAUGACGUCCAGGGUCACCGCAUCGGACGGGUGGAGCCUUGGAGUGCGGCCGAGCAGAGUGGGCUCAGGGAAGGGCAAUACGUCGUGGAGGUCAACGGAGAGUUUGUGCACACCAAGGCACAUGCCCAGGUGGUUCGACAGAUCCAGGAGUCAGGGCUGCUGCUCUAUGUGCUUGCAGUGAACAGUGAAGACUAUGAGAGGGCUGUGUCCAAAAAUCUGGACCUGAAAUCUCUUGUCAGUGCUCAUCACGGCGGCCUCUCUGCCCAACCUAGGCUUUGCCACAUCACCAGAGAACCAGGCCAUGAUUUGGGUCUUACCAUAAUGCCCAUUGAAGGUGUGAAGAGUAGUUACCGUGUGAGUGUGGUGAGUGAGAGUCCUGCUGAGAGAGCAGGAGUCUGCACUGGGGAUCGUCUGGUGUGGAUCAAUGGGAGUCCGGUCUCAACUCUCACACAUUCAGCUCUCUCCAAGAUAGUCAAGAAAUGUGGAGAUCAUUUAACAGUUCUGGUGAUUGAGGCCCAAAGUGAGCAGCACUUCCGCCAGCGAAACAUCCCCUUAUUGCCCACUAUGGCUGGUUCCCACAAUCUACCGCACAGGCCGAAAACAAUGCACCUUACCCAGGGCCCACAUGGCUAUGGCUUUCUACUGCGACAAGAGAAACUGCCAACAAGACAACUUGUUCAUCUGUUGCGUGAGGUGGACCCUGACAGUCCAGCAGAAAAGGCAGGCAUGGAGGAUGGAGACAUGCUGCUGGCAGUGAACAGCGAGCCAAUCGAGGCGGCUGAGCACGAGGACAUAGUCAGCUUAGUGCGACAGAGUGGCCAGCGGGUCACUCUCACCUGUAUCUCGCUCACUGGGAGAGAGUUUUACGAGAAGAUAGCGCUGUCUCCACUCCUCUUCUUUGAAGAAGAUCUUGUGGACAGAAGGGAAGACAACAGACAGGACCGUGUUAUUGGGAGAGGCCAGGACCUUAGGAGUGACCAUUCAGUGCCCCCCUGCCCUCGGCUCUGUGUUCUGAACAAAGAAGCUUCGGGCUUCGGCUUCAGUUUAGGAUGUGUCGAAAAUGAAACAGGGACAUUCAUCAGCCAGGUGUCAGCGGGGAGUGGAGCUGAGAGAGCCGGUCUCUUUGAAGGCGAUGUGGUGGUCGAAGUGAAUGGACAGAUGGUGGAGAGGGAACACCUGAAGGAAGUGGUGAGGAUCAUAAUGUGUGGUGGAUCGUCCGUCAGGAUGCUGGUCAUGGACAAGUCUGGAUAUAAGAACUCUCACACUGCAAUGGUCCUUUGCAACAACAAGGAUUCAGAACCAACGCACAACUCUUUUGUGUAAGAAGAUGAUACAGUCUUGGCCACUGCUUAUAUGUGUAUUGUACCGGAAAUGGUAUUUGGCAUUCGAUUCCUUCAAAACAAUUCAUCAUUUGGUAUAUCAUUUCAUGCGUAUUCAUAUAGUUUGUGUCCUCCAGUUCCAUGUUGUAAAACAUUCAAUGAAAUGUGUGCUCUUUUCUGCGCUUUUCUAUAGAAAAAUGUAGAAUGCCAGCGUUAUAAUGAAUUUCUUUUUAUUAAUUCAAGUAUCAGCUGCCACUUGCACUUUGCUAUGGCAUAAAGGUUAAGGGCCUACAGUAACAUGUUUGAUAAUGACUGCAGACCAAACAACCUUUCACAGCAGAACUGUGGGUGGAUUUGCACCUGUUUCUUUUGCUUCAGUGUAUUGCCAAUGCAGAGGAGGCUAUUGUAAUUACAUUUUAACAGUAAACAGGAAGUGAUUAUAGUGUAACGACAAAAGCCCAGCCAAAAAUAUGGUAACAGGAGUUACCUAGUGUGUAAUGGCAGUUUCACAUAGUACAUUCCUUACCACAGCAAAGUUCAUGACAAAAACACUCAUGACAAGAACAUGUUCUUUGCACCACCUGUCUAUACUUUGUAUAUCACAUUGCAUUUUUCUGCUUUUUUGCACUUCUGGUUAGACGCAAACUGCAUUUUGUUGUCUUUGUACUUGUACUCUGCACAAUGACAAUAAAGUUUAAUUUAAUCUAAUCUAAUAUACCAUGACAGGAAUGUGAAGUCUACAAUGAGGUUGGAGGAUUAUAAUGAAUACUACGCUGGUUUUCUCAUUGGGAUUUUGAAACAACCUAGAAGAAAUGUAUACUCUAUAAUGUAUACAACUAUGAGACGGGGGUACAGAGUUAGAGUUUAACAGUAUGCAAUAUGUUAAGCAUUAAAGGAGUCAUAUACUGCAGGUUAUGUGAGUAGACAUGAUGAUUAAGCAAGCAACAUUUCACAUUUCUACAAAUACUGUUGCAUAAUGGUAUGUAAAAACAGACAUAGAGCAUUGGAAUUCUGUAAUGACUUGCUAUGAACUAAUAGACCACACCUUCUCAGCCCUGAUAAUGCACUGUGAUCUUGCUUUUAUGUUACAAGCAGCAUCUCAGAGAUGUGCACAAUUUGCAAACACUCUGGCCCCACAAGAAUUACUAGAGGAAUUAUUCAAAGGAUUCAAACUGUGUAUAUAUGCAUACAAUAUAUUGUUUGAUGAAAUAAGGUGUGAAACAUACAUUUGAAGAUCAUAUGUUCAGUUAUUAAAGUGGUGGUUAUAA